CUUAUCUUCUAGACAUGACAGUUAGCCCACUGCCAAGUGCUGAGCAUGAUUAGACUCCACUGUAAGCAUUAUUGUGUAUCAACUGUAUAACCUGUAAUUUAUUUCCCCCCAAAGUUAAAUAAGAUACCAAGGUAAAGAGUCAUUAUUUUCUUUAUAUACCUCACACCAUGUGAAUCUCAUCAACCAAACUUGACACUAUAGUUGACAGUGAGCAUGUGAUCAUGUUUCCAUAAGUAGGACGUACAGUGUCACUUCAGGCUGGCCAAUCAAACGCAGUCUUGUCUCUUAAGAGUGGAGAAAAGAUUGAGAUUUCUCUCAUUCAACACAAGAAUUCGAAGACGAUGACAUCUCCAAAGUUUCUCUUGUAUCUGACAUGUUUGUUCUUGGGCAAAAUGGCUCAUAUGUCUGUUCAGGAAUUGUCAUCUGUUCGUCAAGAGAGACGUUUUGUAUCAGCUAAUGUUGGAGACAAGGUAACUCUGCGAUGUUUCUGUGAAGGUGAAGCUGCAUGGCUUUACUGGUAUAAGCAAACUCUGGGACACAAACCAAGACUCAUCUCAACCUUCUAUGUGUAUGGUUUAAGAAUCACUUUUUAUAAUGAAUUUAAGAACAAUUCACGCUUCACAUUGGAUACUGAAUCCAAAAACUUGACAAUUUUUUAUUUAAACAUCUCAGACUCGGCUACUUACUACUGUGCAACUAGCAAUGCAGUUGUCUUGGACUUUGCAGAGGGCACUUUUAUCAAUGUAAAAGGUUCAGGUUUGAAGGUCUCAGCUACGGUCCAUCAGUCAGUGUCUGAGAGCAUCCAGCCAGGAGGCUCUGUGACUCUGGACUGUACAGUACACACUGGGACCUGUGAUGGAGAACACAGUGUUUACUGGUUCAAGAAGUCGGAGGAAUCUCAGCCAGGACUAAUUUACACCCAUGGAGGCAGGACUGAUCAGUGUGAGUGGAAAAACAACACACAAACACACACCUGUGUCUACAAGCUGCCGAUGAAGAGUCUGAAUAUUUCUCAUGCUGGGACCUACUACUGUGCUGUCGCCUCAUGUGGACACAUUCUGUUUGGAAACGGGACCAAGCUGGAGUUUGAAGAUAAGGUGGACUCUCCUGUCUAUGUGUAUUUCUUGAGUGGUGCUUUAACAUUCACCACCAUCCUGGUUGUUUUACUGGCUUUCUCACUUUUCAAGAUGAACCAGAGAAACCUUUGCCGAUGUACAGAGUCUCAAGCAAGAUUAUCAGCUCCAUCCACAGCAAAUGCAGAGGGUUUCAGAGAUGUGGACAACCUUCAUUAUGCUGCUUUAAGUGUCAACCUGCCCAACAGAUCAAGGAGACAAAGAAACAACACCAAUAGUGAAUGUGUGUACUCUGGUGUAAAGCAGUAGUCCUUUUCAAUAAAACCUGAGUUCAUAUUUAUUCACAGACCUCUAGGCCUUUUUUAUACAUAAAAAAGUGUUUCCUAACCUAUACCAAGUGAAUUAGUUGCCUAACCCUACCCUACAUACCUUUUUUUCUCUUAUUGUUUUGCGUAACCAUGAUCUUUUUCUAAUAUUAAUCACAACGUAGUUCCGAUGCACAUAUCUUGUAGAAAGCAAGACAUUUAAAAACAUUGCCAUUGAAUGUAACAAUGUUAUCUGGAGUCAUGGAAUUUCAAGAAUAAGCAUGUUCAACUCAACUGAACCAAACCAUGUACUGUAUGUGCUUUCGUAUAUCCAUUCUAUUUCAUUAGUGAUCAAAUAAAGUUAAUAUAUUCAUGGGACACUGAUUUUUUAAAUAUAUAUAAUAUGCAUGCAGGGCCUGAAAUUAACAU